AUGGAUCCCUUCUCUAUCACGGUUGGCGUUGUCGGCCUUAUUGGAACCAGUUCGAAGAUAAUUACGUCGCUAAAGGGUGUCGCGGACUCUUCAAAGGGCAUCGAUGGACGGCUGCGUGUGCUGAUCAGUGAGGUGGAAAUUUUCAAGGCCAUGCUGGAAUCCACGCGGGCCACUCUGGAUUCUGACGAAAUACAGCACAUACUACAAGCUACAGGUUAUUUGGCCAGCCACUGGGCUAACAUAUCGGCCUGUAUUUCUGACGGGAAAAUACUUUUGGCCAAUUUUGCUUCCAAGUUGGCCAAAAUCGACAAAUGUACCCAAGUCCUCUCGAGAGGCAUAGGUAGUAGCCCCGAAUUUUGUUCUGAGGUCAUGGAGCUAGUGACAACCAUCCAUCAAACCUCUCAGGAUGUCUGUAGUCGCAUGGAGGCCCUGGGUCAAAGGCAGCCCACCGACAAGACCCAAGAGCGUAUGGAAAGCUUGAGAAAUAUGAAGAAAUGCAUUCGAUCCUCAGCCAGAAUUGCCACUACAGCUUCCUCCCUAUCUUUCACGACCGAAAACACGAAUUCCGUGGCUGAAGCAUCGGAGUUUCACGACUUUCUCACUCAACCAAACCCGGACACCAUCGCUUGGAUUACGACCACCUCAAAGUUAGACCUUGUGGCUAUUGACCAUGCGCCAUCUCUUCAUUCACAGCCAGUCACCUUGCUUUCGGCACAUGAUCUAUCAGAUUCCGAUGACGAUAUCGAGAGAGAAAUUGCAACUCUUCAUCUGAAGCGAGGCAGACAAGCGUUUGACGGUGACGAUCUGAGUACGGCCGAGAGACUAUUGCGAAAGGGACUUGAUCGUCUGAAGGCGUCCAAAAGCCACAAACAGCACGUUGAGAUGUAUAGAGAAGGAUUGAGCGAUCUUGCCACGCUUUACCGACAGCAAGGGAAAUGGCGUGAGACCAAAGAGAUCAUUAAUGAGCGGCUGUCGCUUCUAUCAAGAACUGCAACCGCGGACUCUACAGAGGUCUUGAAAGAGAAGCUGACCCUUGCAGAGGUCUUGCUUCAACUCGACGAUUUGGUGGAAGCUCGUCUCCACGCGAGAGCCUGUAUCAAGGCAUAUCACAAACUUGGCCUUGAAGGGCGAGAGGACUUGGAGAGGUCAUUGAACAUGAUGAUCAGGAUUUGCGCUCGACAACAUGACACAGAUGGGGAGGAGGAAUACCAGCUGGUUCUUUCCAGCCUGUUGAUGUCAGAGGAUGCCAGUAUAGUGUUGAAUCCUCCCCAAGACGAGGUGGAAGUAACAGCUGCAAGCGGCAUGAGGAUUCUGCCGAAGGUCGAGAUUACGAAGCCGGCGUCACUCGACAUACCAAACGAAUAUGGUGCAGCAGAAACUAUGACGAGAAAGGACUCCCUGUCUAGCUGUGUGUCGGAGACAGAGCUAAUGCCUCAACGCAGUUCGGCUAUCCAUUUGGUCGCCCCGUAUGUAGACCAGAGUCCCUCAGACCUGUGUUCAAAGACGGAAUCUAUAGAUGAGCGUGCGCUGGCUGGUGGUCAUGAGUACCACACGGGCUGGUACUGGCCGUUUCUUGGAGAAUAUGACGAAGCGGAUGAGGCGGAAACCGCACUCGAAUCAACAUGCCGAGAAAGCGAGGAGAAUAACGACUUCACCAGGGUACUCACCCCGCACUACAAGGCAUGCUCGGUAGAACUAGACUCAGGAACAACGUCAUUUGAGCUUGUUCUAUGGGAUAGUCCUGGGCCCAUUAACGACCGCCUGCUUCCCGACAUCGUUCAGAACAUCUCGGAAGCCAUAGGUUGCAUAGUCUUGUGUUUUGCAGUGGACGAGCCUGAGCUAGUAUCAGACAUUGACACCGUGGUGAGCUCACUCCCAGAUACAUCCUGA